UUCUCGUUACUACCUGCCUAUUUCGCCUUCCUUUUUACUCUUUCUGAUUCUCGGUGCAUGUAGCUAUUGGAUAUUCCAUUCUCAAAUUCAAAAUUGUGCCAAAAAUAUCUCCCUUUAUGCUGGCCCUUGAUAAGAAUCAUAAGAAUGCAUUCACCUUUCUUUGUGUGUUGAAUUUUCAUGUUGCCUCCUUGUCGGUUGAAGAAGUUUUCAAAUCGCAAAGUGUUUAAAAAAGAAAAAUUUAAUACGUAUGAGUGCUAAGAAAAUUUAAAAGUACGUAUAGGUACCAGAACUAAGUGAUAAAUUCAUGGCAAAUCUUUGACGGAUUCUUGACAUAAGAACUAGAAAGUGACUCGCACUUGGUUCAAAGUGAGUCAUUCAUGUGCUAAUUCGAUAGUGAAGUCAAGUGUAACGUAGAACUUUCAAUAUUUUUCCAAUAAUUAUCAUUUGUUAGAACAGCUAAAAAAAGAUAAAACAUGCUCAAACCAAAAACUCAGCAGCAAAAGAACAUACUUAAUACAAUUAUUUGUGCCCUACCGGAUAACCGACCAAUCACAUCACUCCAGUUGGUCGAAGAUUACGAGAAAUGUCCCGUAAAUUUCCACCCGAUAAACAAAACAUACGAUCAAGAUCAAGACGCUGAUUUAUGGCGAGAGAACGUAUAUUUCGGAAAGAAAAGUUCCCGUUACUUGUGCCAGUCGAAAACCGAGGGAUUGCCGGAUUACGUGCUCGAAACGCUAAAGGUUAUCAGCGAAAAGGAAGCUCUCCCGGAAGGAUUUUCCCAACUGACGCGUACUGCCGAUAGCGAGCAGCGAGCAUGGCGCAAGAAACAACUUGUGUACCGGCUGGCCAAAAAAGGAGCAGCGAAGCAGGUUAUUACCGACAUUAUCUUAUGCUCCAGGCUACGUCAAGCACCGGAGGGUUUCACGCUGGCUGGAGACAUUAACGGUAUACUUGUAUGUUAUAAAACGUCCUUGCUAGCCCACCGUGCCCCACCGAGUGUUCCUUCGAGACAAAGUAUCACCAAUCUUGAGAAAACUAUCGAAGAGCUCAAAGUUAAUGCAAAUCAAGAUAAACCACUUCCUGCGAUACCUACCGCAGAAGUGCAAGACCAUGACUAUGAACGACUACUGCCAUCGUACCAACUGUCUCCUAACAGACCCGCGCCUAGGCCACCUAUCUACUCCACCGGAACAUUAAACGUGCAUACCGAAAUAGAAGGGGUUCCCUUUGUACUUAACCCAUCGCUCGCCAAAAUCACGAUUGAGAUUCCAGCAUUGUAUAAGCCUAGUACUGCUUCCUGUGAGUAUGACUUUCAGCUCGAACGCCAGGUUCUGUGUACAACCAAAACAUCGAAUGCUCAAAACACCAAUCCGUUCUUCCAUUAAGGGUCAAAACCUUCAAUUCUUCCAUAUUUUUUUCUUCUCCCGAGCAAGAAAUGCUAGGCAGCUACUACGUAUGUAUUAGGUACAUACUACGCACUAAAUUGAUUUUGAAAAUUGUUGGAAGUUUUUCCUUUAUUAUUUGUUUUUGUGAUUAUGAAUAUCUAGUUUUCGAUUGCCACCUUACGAUUAUAAACUUAUAUUAACAAAAUAUACUAGAGAACAAACCUAAUUUAAUCAGUAGAGUUAAACGAACAAACUGGUUCUAGAAGGCCAUUAAAGGUAUAACCUUGCCGUAAUGGUGUAGCUAUACAUUUAUAUAAUAUAAUAAUACAUAUUAGAGGUUUCUUCUCGUAGAAACAAAAUCUUCAAUUUCAGAAGAAAAAAAUGCGAAUAUGACGAACUAACAAGUAUUAGAGUUGCGUAAAGUAGGAUCUGGUUUCUAGGAUAUGGCAGAGGAAUUGAGAAAGGACAGUUUCUAAUAAGUAGAACUUAUAGCAGUAUUUAGUCAGUUAACAUUAAAUCCUUUCCAUCAAAUAACAAAACAUAACAACAUAAAAUUAUUUAAAACCCCAUUGUGGCGAGUUUGCACAUUUUCUUCAAAAAGUGAAACGUCAAGUUGAGAUAUCGGGUUGCCGUCUUCAAUGUUAUAUUAACAUUUAAAUCAGAUGUUUUUGUUGGAUGUGAACAGCUAUGAAAUAGGGAUAAAUAAUAAAGAACUCAAUACAUUUUAUACCGAAAAGGAACUGACAGGUAAAACAAAAAUUUAAAGAACUGAACCCAGAUUCGUUGGUUAUGAUGGAUUGUUACUCAUGAGGAGUCGGAAAGCAUUUUUACCCACGGUUGACACUUGUGAGAAGUUAUACGUUACAUUGGCACGAAGUAGUUUAGCAUUAUCCAGGGUUGGUUCAUCAGUGGUGGCAAAAAAAAUUGAUUCAGGCAACCUAAACUGUACUAAAAACAACUAUAAAAUAUGGUUCAGGUCGUCCAUUCCUUAUAGCUCUAGAGGGGCAUCUACGUUUAAACCGAAAAUGUCUGAAUAACGAAACUAAAAAAAUUGUUAUCGUGAGAGAUAGUUACAGAUUACCCAAACAAGCCUUUUCCUCAAUACGCUUUACUUUGUUCAAUCAGUUUCCUUCCACCCAAUGAUGAAUCACACUUGACGUUGGGGUUAAGAUAUUGGCUUACAAGUUUAAUCAUUGUAGAAUCUCACUGAUAACGACCCCAGUACAAUCUUAACCAACGUCGAAGCUGUUAUUUAUCAAUCGGAAUGCACUAAAGACCUUACUCAACCAAUGGAAUACUUUCGUGUUUGGAAUUUAGGAUUUUACUGUGGGAAAGCUUCCGUUCAUCUCACACAUUUUGAAGUAAAAGCAUUUCAAUCAGAAAUUUCGUUCUGUCGGUCUAGUCGGUUAGUGCUUAUCCCAAAACAAUUGCUUUUUAGUGCUUUUCUAGAUGAUUUAUUUCUAGGUUGAUCGACAAAAUCAACCGCUUAGGUAAUAGAAAUAUAAUCAUAUGGUAAAUUCACUGAAUGGUAACUGAGUAGAACAAUAGUAGGUACAUGUAAUUGGUGAUUCUAAAAAGACUUUUUUUUAUUAGAAUUUAAAAAUGAAUACAAUCGGAUUGCUGUAAGCUCAUUUUACCGUUUGCCACCACUACUGGUAGCCUUCCCUUUUCUGUUUACCAUAUCGUUAAGAUAAGCUAUCGAAAAUAAAUUUUAGAUGA